GUGUUUCCCUGUUCUAUAGAUGCCAAAUGUUUUACACAGAACACAAAGCCUAUUACUCAUCAUCCAGCUAAGGCAGGUGAGAGGCCAUUUCCAUGUUCUGAGUGUGGGAAAUGUUUUACAUAUAAAUCAUAUCUUGUUAGACAUGAGAGAAGUCACACAGGUGAGAAGCCAUAUUCCUGUUCUGAGUGUAGGAAAUGUUUUGCAACCAAAUCAUUUCUUGCUACACAUCAGAGAAGUCACACAGGUGAGAAGCCAUAUUCCUGUUCUGAGUGUAGGAAAUGUUUUGCAACCAAAUCAUUUCUUGCUACACAUCAGAGAAGUCACACAGGUGAGAGGCCAUUUUCCUGUUCUAAGUGUAGGAAAUGUUUUUCAUCGAAAUCACAUCUUGUUAGUCAUCAGAGAAGUCACACAGGUGAGAAGCCGUAUUCCUGUUCUGAGUGUGGGAAAUGUUUUGCAUGUAAAUCAGUUCUUGUUACACAUCAAAGAAGUCACACAGGUGAGAAGCCGUAUUCCUGUUCUGAGUGUGGGAAAUGUUUUUCAUCGAAAUCAGAUCUUGUUAGUCAUCAGAGAAGUCACACAGGUGAGAAGCCGUAUUCCUGUUCUGAGUGUAGGAAAUGUUUUGCACGGAAACCAGCUCUUGUUAUACAUCAGAGAAGUCACACAGGUGAGAAGCCGUAUUCCUGUUCUGAGUGUGGGAAAUGUUUUGCACACAAGUCACAUUUUGUUGUACAUCAGAGAAGUCACACAGGUGAGAAGCCAUAUUCCUGUUCUGAGUGUGGGAAAUGUGUUGCAUGGAAAUCACAUCUUGUUAUACAUCAGAGAAGUCACACAGGUGAGAAGCCGUAUUCCUGUUCUGAGUGUGGGAAAUGUUUUGCACACAAAUCACAUUUAGUUAUACAUCAGAGAAGUCACACAGGUGAGAAGCCAUAUUCCUGUUCUGAGUGUGGGAAAUGUUUUUCAUCGACAUCACAUCUUGUUAGACAUCAGAGGAGUCACACAGGUGAGAAGCCAUAUUCCUGUUCUGAGUGUGGGAAAUGUUUUUCAUCGACAUCACAUCUUGUUAGACAUCAGAGGAGUCACACAGGUGAGAAGCCAUAUUCCUGUUCUGAGUGUGGGAAAUGUUUUUCAUCGACAUCACAUCUUGUUAUACAUCAGAGAAGUCACACAGGUGAGAUACCAUAUUCCUGUUCUGAGUGUGGGAAAUGUUUUGUACGGAAAUCAGAUCUUGUCACACAUCAGAGGAGUCACACAGGUGAGAAGCCAUUUUCAUGCUGUGAGAGAAAUAAAUCCGCUCUUGUUGAACAUAUUAGACAUUACCCAAGUCCGGAACCAUUUACAUCUUCUGGAGUAUAAUUAUCACUGUCGUCCAAUGUUCCUCAAGGGUGAAUCCUAUCUCCCAUGCUUUAUAAAAUAUACAUGCUACCACUGGGUGAUAUAAUCAGACGUCUUGGGCUGGUCUACCACUGCUAUGCUGAUUACCUGCUUUUUGCUCCAUGUACUGAGAACCUAAUACCAAUCCUAUAUGGUUGUCUUGCUGAGCGCCAGGGGUGGAUGAUGCCAGUUGGCUGUGACUCAGUCUUUGUGAAACAUAAUAGAAGCUCCCGAACAAAGGACAAGACUACAGCUUUACCAACCAUCUGGAUUUAUGCUUUGGUGUUCAGAAUCGCAAAAUACUGAACAUGUGCUGAAUCUUUGUGUUGUCCUGGUAUGUGGCUGACACAGACAUCAGGUAUCCGCCACAUACAAAUCCACAUUCUUCCAUCUGUGGACCAUAGCCAGAAUCAAGCACUUGAUUCCCUCAGAAGUUCAUAGACUACUGCAAUGCCAUCUACCUGGGUCACCCAGCAAAAGAAUUACAGAGCUUGCAGCUAGUACAG